AUGUGUGCCUCCAUUGCUUCUUUGGCCUCCAAAAACCCUGGGCUGUGGAAAUCCAAACGCUCCUUGGCCAGAUGUGGUGGUGAUGACUUCAUGGCUGCCUUAAUCUUCAUGGCAGCAGGAAAUGAGUCCUGGACCAAAAAUUCCAAGCAGACCCUUCUGUUGACCAUGAAUUUGGUGGCCAACGAAGCCGCCACCGCCUUGCAGCGAUGCUGGAGGGGUCGCCGCCGCGCCCGCGAAAGCUCCCGGACCUUGGCCAGCGCGGAAGCGGUCAGCGGCUAUGUCGCCAAGGCCGCCACCCACCACGGGUCCUUCGGGCGACGCCGGCCGAGGGUGGAGCCCAGUGCCCCGAGCCCCGUGGCUGACAAAACGCAAACGGCGACGCGGAAGUCCAAUCCGCGACCUGUGCAGAGUCGGGCAGUGCCGGUCAAUCCCUUCCAAGCCAUGAAGCUGCGAAUGGCUCAGCAACAGCAAGAAGCCGAAGAACGUCGCAUCUUGGGAAGGCAGGAAGCAGAAGAAGCGCGCCAAGCGAGAGCCAAGCCGGAAUCUGCAGGUGCACGUGGUCAAGCCUUUGGUGCAGCCCCAAUGCUAGCGGCACCAGCGCCCACGUUGGUUUUGCCGGAGGCAGUGGAUGAAGAUUUCAUGUUGACACCACCGACCGCCCUUGACACCACGAUGGAGGCUCUUUUGGCCAAUCUCGCAGCGCCCCCCCUGCAGUCUGAGCGAGACAGGCAAGACAUGCAGGACUCCACUGCAGAUUCAACACCGAAGCUGGAUGGAAAAAGUUCUGAUGCAGGCGAAAGCAUGCUGACGCCCUUGGAACUUCGAAAGCUUCGGGCUGAGGCGUCCAAAGCAGUUCCAUCGGAGAGUUCCCCCGCGAAAGGAAGUGUCGCUCCGCCGGCAGCAGCGACUGAGCGGCUGCGGGACCGUUUGCGGAAGCGUGAAUCUGCAGGCAAGAGUGAGCAGAGGAACGCUGCUCCGCCGGAAGUUGCAAACGCCUCGCAGGUGAAUUGGAAGGAACGCAUCGAACUGAGACACAAAGAGGCCGAGGAACAGCAAGUGCAAGAGAAAGAAGAAAAGCAGCGCACUGCUGAAAGGAGCAGCAAGCGCAGCGAUGCCCUGCGACGGGUGUUAGAGCGCCGAGAACAAAGACAUCAGGAAAGCCUUGGUCUGGAGGAGGAUUGA